AUGUACCAAAACCAUCCUUUGUUCCGGCUCUCCCAUCAACGGCUCAGGUGCGUGGUCAUGAUAGCCGUUGACUGCAGCUGCCAACUCGGUUACCACAUCUGCAUCGUCGAAACGUGCGCCAUCGUCUGCCUGCAGCUCGUGGACGUCGUGGACGUCAUGUACAUCAUGGACUUCGUGAACCUCGUGCUGAACGUCGUGAACAUUGUGCGGAUCGUGCAGCUCAUGAGCGUCUUGCAGGUCGGUAACAUCGGUUACGUCUGCCACGCCCUGUGCCGCUUGCAGCUCGUGGACCGCGUGAACAUCGUGGACAUCGGGCAAAUCAUGGGUUUCAUGAACUUCGUGAUGUUCGUGAACGUCAUGAGCUUCGUGGACGUUAUGGCUUUCAUGGACAUCGUGAACCUCGUGAACGCCCUGCAGGUCCGUCAUAUCGUGCGUGUCGCCGAUGGGCGGAUAGCUGCCAUCGUGUAUGAAGUUCCGGGGUUCGUAUGCCACACUCAUUUUGAAAAUGAGGAAGCUCCAAUGUAA